CGGGCGAUUCACUCCACCAGCAGCUGCCUUCGCAAGCGCGGAGCUAUUGCUUCUGGGGCCGUAUUUCCCGCGAAAACGACUGAGUGAAGCGCGCUCUUUUAGAUCCGGGAAGAUCCCCCAUCCGUGCGUCCGACCCAAAUCCGGCUUGAUCCAGGCGAAAAGGAAAGGCUUAUAAAGAUUUGGGGGUUUUGGAAAGAGUAUGCCCCGCCUAACUACCCGCUUGUAAUCCCCCCCUUCUUCCUCGUGGCAUUCCUAAUUGAUAGAUGGACAGUCUCAACGAAUCGCUCUGCCUGCAGGACUUCGUAGGCUCCCAGGACCCCACGUCACUUGGGGGACCCAUGGGGCCCCUGGGCCAUAUGGUCAGCUUGGGGCACCAUCACCAUCACCAUCAUCAUCACCAGUCACCCUUGACCCAAAGGUCCGGAAUGACUGCUGACCACGGGGCAGUGGUCACGUGUUCCACAGCAUCCCAUUUACCAGAUUCGGCGUCUGAUAAGAAAAAAAGAGACGGCGGCUCACUCCACGAGAAGCCGAGCCAAAGCGGGACGACCGCCGAUUCCCCUGCGGACAACUCCGCUGACGACGAUCCGAAAAAGAAGAAGCGUCAGCGGCGUCAAAGGACCCAUUUCACGAGCCAGCAGCUUCAAGAACUCGAAGCUACAUUCGCUAGGAACAGGUAUCCGGACAUGUCCACCAGGGAGGAGAUUGCCAUGUGGACCAACCUCACAGAAGCCAGAGUCAGAGUAUGGUUCAAAAAUCGGCGUGCCAAAUGGCGGAAGCGAGAGAGAAAUGCAGCUGCAGAACUCAAGAAUGGUUUCAGCACUCAGUUCAAUGGCUUAAUGCAGCCUUUCGAUGACAGCCUUUACUCAGGCUAUUCUACCUAUAACAAUUGGGCUGCCAAGGUUCCCAGUCCGUUGGGUGCCAAGAGUUUUCCCUGGCCAGGACUGAACUCCGUCAACGUCAACCCCUUGGUGACACCAAGUCAGGGUAUGGGAUGCUUCAAUGCUUCUUCUCCACAAGGGAUCACAAGCUCAAGCAUCAUGCCCAGCGUCAGCAUGCCAGUGAAUAGUCUUAGCAACCCUGCGCCUCCCUGUCCCUAUGCCACGCCCACACCUCCAUAUGUAUAUCGCGAACAGUGUUCCACCAUGACUUCCAGUAUAGCAACCUUACGGCUAAAAGCCAAACAGCACACUGCUGCAGGAUUCGGCUCCUAUGCACCUAUGUCCCCUCGCCAGACUCCCACAUUGUCACCGUGCCAGUAUGCCACGGUGGACAGACCAACUGUGUAAGCAUCAGUUGAUAUUGUGUUAUACGGACAGCAAUGCCUCACAAUGGACUAGUUGUGACGAAAAUGCUCUGGUGGGGGCGUCAGUUCUUACCUGUGACAAUCUUCUGCGAUUUAUGUACUGUCUGGUUGUAAGAUAACUUCGAUGACUCGAUUUUUAAAGAAGAAAUUCCUGCGAAUUACGAAUUAAGGUCUAGAAAAUCAUUCAGUAGAAAGCCUGGUCAAAAGGAGAUUUACUCGGCUGUACAGAAACACUUCAAAAUCAAAUCACUUGAAAAUGAUUUGCCGGGAAAAUAAUAUGUCACAAUACAGAUGAAGAUGUCUUCUAAAUUGAAUAUUUAUCAUUACAGCCACAUACAAUAAUAGGUAAAUUUGGAAACAAUGUAAAAUUAAAUAGAGUAUGAAUUUAAUAAUACAUACAAUACUUUAAUCUAAAGCGUGUACUACUACUAACAUUACAUUCAAAACAUGUUAAAACACUAAAACUAUUUAUGCGCAUUAUAUGAGCUUUAACAGUGUUUUAAAAGAGUUAUAUUUUUGAUUAUAUUGUAAAGUGUUUUCAUUUUUUUUCAUUCUUUAAAAUGGAAUUACGAGUAGAAAGUGAUGUUUGAGAGAUAUUAUUAAUAUUUAAAAUUAUUAUUCUGAUAAAUGCAAAUAUAUUUCCCCUUCAAACAUUUUUUAAAGUUAAUUUAAUUGAAAUCAAUUCUGGUACAAAACUGAUUAGUUCUAACUUAUAAAAAUCCUUUUUCUUGUCCACUUAAAGAAUUUAUUAUAAUAUUUCCUGCUUUGUCAGCUUCGCUGUAAAAAAACUCUGUUACCUGGGCAUAAGUUUUUAAAUUACAAACAAACUAAAGUAUCCUUCGAACACUUCACUUUAUUUAGUCUGGUAUUUUAUUCGACAAAUUUUAAUUGCGAAACUCUUGAAUAUUGCAAAGAAACCUUUUUUAAUUAAAAAAAUAUUUUCAUACAAAUAGAUUUUCUAGUAUUACCAAAAAAAAUUCUAGACUGCCAUCGAGAUUGCAAUAUAUGUUAUCAUUAUAGAAGUUACUUCUAUACUUCAUUAAGAAACCAUAAACUAGAAACUUCAGUUAGAUCCAAUCCAUCACAAGACUUCUAAAAUAGAAAAGAUUUUUAACGAUCAAGAAACCAUUAACUCUGUGCAAAAUAAUGCUUUUUGAAAAAUCUUAUUCAUUCGUGAGAUUGCAAGGUUCUUCAAAGACAUAUCAUUGCUUACAAAUAUUAUAAAACAUGAUUCUAAUUUAAUAUGUAAUAAUUUUAUUGUUAACAUUGCUCUUCUGAUUAAAAACACACGUGUUCAUUAACACUAAUAUUUGUAAUAAGCAAAAUAAGAUUUUUGAAAUAAAAAAAUGAUAACUUAUUUAGACAUCAUCUGCAAAAAUUUUGAGAACUCCUUUACAGGCUUUAGUAACUCAAAGACCAACUAAGCUUCGAGAUUCGCUUGUGUUUGUAAAUAUUUUUUAAAGUAUUUUUUGAUCACGGAGAGUUGAAUGUAUGUUGUGUAACACUUUGUAUUUUACUUUUCGUUUUCUUAAAAAUAAGUAAUGUUUUCAUUUGCAAUGCAUUUUUUGACUCUGCACAGAUAUUUUAUAUGUUGUAUUCUGUUUAAUGUCACAAAAGUGCUCCCAGAACUUCAGUUAAUCAAAUCAAUCUUGUAGAAAAAUGCUGUAAAGAAUAUUAUAUUGAAAUGCGUUUGAUAAGCAUAUUAUACGCUAUGAAAAUCACUCUUAUUUAGAAAACAAUUUGUUAUGUAGUGCAAUACAUAAAAUUAAUUUAUUUUCUUUCUUUUAUGCAAUAAAAUUUAUAACUUCUAGUCAAAAAAUAUAUCUAAUGGUUUUCUCUGACAUACGUUAAUAAGUCUUUAAUUAUAAAAUACUACCGAUGAAUAACGAAGAGUUUAAACAAUUAUAAAAACUUUUAUUUUCGAAUGAUUUAUAAUUGUACAUGAUUUAAAAAUUAAACCAAGUUCUCCUGCACAAAACACAAAACCGAAAAUGUAAUUGUAUGUACAAGUAAUACCAUAAAAUUACUUAAACCGCUAAAAAAUAAAAUGUUCAAAUACUAAAUUAAUAAGCAAAUUGUUACAUUACAUUCUUAAUAGAAAAAUCAAUUCCAUAUUUUAAUUAAAAUAGCUUGUGAUUGAAAAGAAAUAUUUUUGUAGAAAUAUUUAAGAGUAUAAAUUUUCAAGUAAAUAUAUAAAGCGUAUUUAUUUUACUUUUCAUUGCUGUAAAUUCUGUCACGUUUCCGAAACAAACUGAUCAACAGAACAAUUUUUAUUCCAUAACUAAAUAUAUCAGUUUUGUUAUGCAUGUUUUUUUAAUUGGGUGAACACAUAAAUUUAUUUAAAUUUAAUACUUAACUAUGAAAUCUAAUACCAAGUGUUUUUUAAAACAAGCUUAGAUAUGACACAAUGUAAUUCUUAAAAUUAGAUUAUACUUCAUGAAACAAAAGUAGCACUUAAGAAUAACGCUUAAAAUUUUUUCUAUGUUUCAAACUGAAAUGCAUAUUUAAUGCACUUUAAUGAAUUUGCAUCGUUCAUCUAGGAAACCAUAUUAAAAUAUUAGAAAACUAAAUUUGUUUUAAAACGAAACCCAUUCUAAGCAAAGGAUUACAUUUUUUUAGCCAAAAACGUUUCUUGCAUUUCCAAUAUUUUUUCUUAUUCAAAGAUAUUUAUAAAUUUCAAACCGACUCGCAAAACAAACAAAAUUUCCCAUAUUGUGCUAAUAUUAAUUCAUGACAAUUCAACUUUCAUAGAUGCAAUUUUAAGCACUAAUGGAAUGUAAUGAUGUAGAAAGUGAAAUUUUGGUGCAAGAGUUUCAGAUGAGAACAAGUUUAACGUCUAUGGCAUGCAUAACUUAUUCUCUCGCUGCACUUUCUUCAUACAAUUCAACACACCAUACUAUCAAAGAACAUAUCAGAUUUAAUUUAUUUAUAUUUCCUCUCUUGUAUAUAUAAUUUUAGUCAGAAUGCCAAAGAGUUUUCCCUUUGUUGAAAACAAAUGAGUACGAAUUAUAAUGUAUUAUUAUUAUAAUGGAACUUCCUGUAUGUAUACUAAAAUUAAUAAAAAAUGUUCCUUUAGAAA